GAAGACACUGCCGCCACCGACGGCGGAGGAGGGGGAGGACGGCCACGAGCGACGCCGCCGGUGCCCAACGGUCGGUGUCCCCGGCUGAGGCAGCACGGCCGCAGCAGCCCAGUUUGAUCUGUGGAUGAAAUGAAUCAUGAUUUUCAAGCUCUUGCAUUAGAAUCUCGGGGAAUGGGAGAGCUUUUGCCUACCAAAAAGUUUUGGGAACCUGAUGAUUCAACAAAAGAUGGACAAAAAAGCAUAUUUCUUGGGGAUGAUGAAUGGAGAGAGACUGCAUGGGGAACUUCUCGUAAUUCAGGCACUAGAGAUGCUGAAACAGAUGGACCUGAGAAAGGAGAUCAAAAGGGCAAGGCUUCUCCAUUUGAGGAGGACCAAAACAGAGAUCUUAAACAAGGAGAUGAUGAUGAUUCUAAAAUAAAUGGCAGAGGUUUGCCAAAUGGAAUGGAUGCCGAUUGCAAAGAUUUUAAUCGUACUCCUGGAAGUCGUCAAGCCUCUCCAACUGAAGUAGUUGAGCGCCUUGGCCCCAGUACUAAUCCCCCAGAAGGAUUGGGUCCCCUUCCUAAUCCUACAGCUAAUAAACCACUUGUUGAAGAAUUUUCAACUACUGAAACUCAGAAUCUUGAUGCCAUGGAACAAGUUGGUCUGGAUCCCUUACAGUUUGACUAUCCUGGUAAUCAGGUGCCCAUGGACUCUUCAGGAUCUACUGUAGGCCUUUUUGACUACAAUUCCCAACAGCAGCUCUUCCAGAGGACUAAUGCGCUAACAGUUCAGCAGUUAACUGCAGCUCAACAGCAGCAAUAUGCAUUAGCAGCGGCCCAGCAGCCACAUAUAGCUGGUGUAUUCUCAGCAGGCCUUGCUCCCGCUGCAUUUGUGCCAAAUCCAUAUAUUAUCAGUGCUGCUCCUCCAGGGACUGAUCCGUAUACUGCAGCAGGAUUGGCUGCAGCAGCAACAUUAGCAGGUCCAGCAGUGGUUCCACCUCAGUAUUAUGGUGUUCCAUGGGGGGUGUAUCCAGCCAAUUUAUUUCAGCAACAAGCUGCAGCUGCGGCAAAUAAUACAGCCAAUCAGCAAGCAGCAUCUCAAGCUCAGCCUGGUCAGCAACAGGUUCUUCGUGCUGGAGCAGGUCAGCGCCCUCUUACUCCCAAUCAGGGGCAGCAAGGGCAGCAAGCAGAAUCACUUGCAGCAGCUGCAGCUGCAAAUCCAACUUUGGCUUUUGGUCAGGGUCUUGCUACAGGCAUGCCAGGCUACCAGGUACUAGCUCCAACUGCCUAUUAUGAUCAGACUGGUGCCUUAGUGGUUGGCCCUGGAGCAAGAACUGGCCUUGGAGCUCCAGUUCGAUUAAUGGCUCCAACACCUGUUUUAAUUAGUUCAGCAGCAGCACAAGCUGCAGCAGCAGCGGCAGCUGGAGGAACGGCAAACGGUCUUACAGGCAGCACAAAUGGUCUGUUUCGGCCAAUUGGCACUCAGCCACCCCAGCAGCAGCAGCAGCAGCAGCCGCCAAGCACUAAUCUUCAGUCUAGCUCAUUUUAUGGGAGCAGUUCUUUAACUAAUAGCUCCCAGAGUAGUUCUCUAUUUUCUCACGGACCAGGUCAGCCUGGAAGUACAUCUCUCGGCUUUGGAGGUGGUAGCUCUUUGGGUGCUGCUAUAGGUUCGGCCCUUGGUGGAUUUGGCUCACCAGUUGGCAGUUCUGCAAGUAGUAGUGCCACAAGGAGAGAGUCUCUAUCUACUAGCUCUGACAUGUACAAAAGAUCUAGUAGCAGCCUAGCACCCAUAGGGCAACCAUUUUACAAUAGUCUGGGAUUUUCCUCCUCUCCAAGUCCAAUAGGCAUGCCUCUGCCAAGCCAAACUCCAGGACAUUCACUUACGCCACCGCCAUCACUUUCAUCACAUGGAUCCUCAUCCAGUUUGCAUUUAGGAGGACUGACAAAUGGUAGUGGUCGAUAUAUCUCUGCAGCACCUGGAGCAGAAGCAAAAUAUCGAAGUGCUUCAAACACUUCCAGUUUAUUUAGCUCCAGCAGCCAGCUCUUUCCUCCAUCUCGGCUUCGGUAUAAUAGGUCUGAUAUUAUGCCUUCUGGCCGAAGUAGAUUAUUAGAAGACUUCAGAAACAACCGCUUCCCAAACCUUCAACUUAGAGACUUGAUUGGACAUAUUGUUGAGUUUUCUCAAGACCAGCAUGGUUCAAGAUUCAUACAGCAAAAGCUAGAGAGAGCUACUCCAGCUGAGCGACAAAUGGUAUUUAAUGAAAUUCUACAGGCAGCCUAUCAAUUAAUGACAGAUGUUUUUGGGAACUAUGUUAUACAAAAGUUUUUUGAGUUUGGGAAUUUGGAUCAAAAAUUAGCUUUGGCUACUCGUAUUCGUGGUCAUGUUCUGCCUUUAGCUUUGCAGAUGUAUGGCUGCCGUGUUAUUCAGAAAGCAUUAGAGUCCAUUUCUUCUGACCAGCAGAGUGAAAUGGUAAAGGAAUUAGAUGGACAUGUACUCAAAUGUGUGAAAGAUCAGAAUGGAAACCAUGUUGUUCAAAAAUGUAUUGAAUGUGUUCAGCCACAGUCACUACAGUUCAUCAUUGAUGCUUUCAAAGGACAAGUAUUUGUGCUUUCAACUCAUCCUUACGGCUGCAGAGUAAUUCAGCGUAUCCUAGAGCAUUGCACCGCAGAGCAGACGUUGCCUAUCUUAGAAGAGCUUCACCAACAUACAGAGCAGUUGGUACAGGAUCAGUAUGGCAAUUAUGUUAUUCAGCAUGUAUUGGAACAUGGUCGACCUGAAGACAAGAGCAAAAUUGUUGGGGAAAUCAGAGGAAAGGUCUUAGCCCUGAGUCAACACAAAUUUGCCAGCAAUGUAGUAGAAAAAUGUGUUACUCAUGCCUCCCGUGCUGAGAGAGCUUUGCUGAUUGAUGAAGUUUGCUGCCAGAAUGAUGGUCCUCACAGUGCCUUAUACACCAUGAUGAAGGACCAGUAUGCCAACUAUGUGGUUCAGAAGAUGAUCGACAUGGCUGAACCUGCUCAAAGAAAGAUAGUCAUGCACAAGAUUCGACCUCACAUUACUACUUUGCGCAAAUACACAUAUGGGAAGCAUAUACUGGCCAAGUUGGAAAAAUAUUAUUUGAAAAAUAGCCCAGACCUAGGGCCUAUUGGAGGACCACCAAAUGGAAUGCUAUAAAGGAAAACAGAAAGAAGAUGGUUUAACCAUGUGGAGAAAACAAAAAUGGAGGUUUCGUUGUUUUUUUUUUUUUUUUUUGUGAAUUAUCAAAACACAACUCAACUAUGGAUCUUCAAUUUUUUUUAAAGCAAAACUAUUUAUUGACUUUAUUCAUCCAUUUGUAAAUUUUUUAAGGUUCUUGUGUAUAUUUGGGGGGUGGGGUGGUGAACUAUAAAUGAUACUCAGCCCUGAAUGGAGACCUAUCAGAUUGGAUUGCUGGCAAAGCACAGAAGCCUGUAUAUGAUGUAACUGUAUCAAAAAAAAAAAAAGCUGUCACAUAUUUUGUAAAUUUUUACCUUGUAAAGUCACAAAAAUAGUUUUUAAAGGAAAAAGUACAGUAUUCUUUUAAUAAACUGGCUUGCAGUCUGGUAGGUCUAUGACCCCAUAGCACAACAGGUUUAUAGAGAUGUAUAUAGAAUUAUAGUCCUUAUUUUUUUUCCUUUGCGUGAAGCCUUUUAUAACAGAUUAACAAUCAACUGCAUAAAUAUUAUUAAUAUUUUAAAAAGAAAGUUAAGUUGUAUUUUGGUAAUUCACAAACUAUCAUGCAAAUAAAAACUCAGCAAGUAAGAUAAAAAUGAUUUGAGAUAAAAAGAACCUUAUUUACAGUGGAUGUGGUUUUAAUACAGAUACUGCCCUAUAAUGUCGCUGGCGAUGUACAGAAGUAUUGUAUAUACUUAAAUAUGUAAUUGUGAAAGUUAGAAAAAACAAAAUCAUGGUGACACUUCCAUUCAAUAAAGUGGGCUAAAUGAAAAGUUAGUUUGUAUUAACUUUUCAGUUUGGUUUAUAAUGAGAAAGAGUAGAAAUUUGUAUUUUGUUUUUCCUUACAGAAUUACAAAUACAUGUUGAGGAAGUGUUGAGCUUUAUUUUGCUUUUUCAUAGUAGAUACAGAAAGUUAGGAACCAGUUAAGAGAUGAAAAGGGGCCACUGAAAAGUCAGUUGGAUAGCUCAGCAGUUAAGCAUGACUACAUAUUCAGAUAGCUUUUUUUGCUUCCUAUAAAUAUAUGCAUUGUGUGUGUAGUAUUAGAUGUAAGUUUACACUUUGAAAGCAAAUCUUGUUUCAAUGUUCAUUAUAAAAGCCUUGCUAAUUUAGUAGUGAUGCUUUCCUUGGUUGUACAGGUGUACAUUUUGUAAACCUUCAUGCUGUAAAUUGAAUUUGUUUUAUCUCUUUGGGAAACAUUUGCAUUUUAGUGUACAUUUAUGUCCCUGCCCUCUUUGGCCUGGCAAUAUAGUGUUGUAUAAUGUAAAUUUAUUUCUCCAAAUCAAAAGUGAUUUUUUAAAGUUUUUUAUCUUUAUAUGGUUUCAAAAGUAUGAACCAGCUUUCUUUUUAUUAUUGUGAGAAACAUUUUGUUUCAUAACAUAGUCAUUGACUCUUAAUAAUGGGCAUGCUAGGAUGGGUCACUUUCAAUUGAAGUCAGGGUAUUGUGCAUAAUAGAAAGUAUUGGACUGAUAUACUUGGUAACCAUGGAGGCCAAUGCUUUUUCCAUCUUAUCAAAUGUGAUGUGACUUUUUUUUUCUUUGUACAGAAGAGUACUGUAUUUUUGAAUAGCCUACACCCAAGUAAGAGCAAAUCUGUAUGAUAACUUUUUUUUUUCCUCUGGACAUAGACGUUAUAACAGUAACAUGAUGUACAUUUACAAGCGGCCUUAUGUACAUUUCCCAACAAUCUUUUUAAGGCAAAAUUGUGACCAUAUGUGUAUAAUUAAAAUCAUUUUUAAUCCUUUGCCUAUGAAAAUAUUUUGGAAAAAAAACUUGCUUUGUAUAUUCAGUUUCUGGAAGAUAAAGAAAGUGCUUUGUAUUUUUGUUGAAGUCAGUAUUUUGUAUAAACAUUUAUGUUGGCCCACUUACGUUUAGUGCUAAAAAACUAAAAUGAACAUGCCCUCUCUGUCAGUUGAACUUGGAAGGGAAUUUUUUUUAACUAGAAGUCUGCAGAAGAAAAGAUAUCUUCUGAUCACAAUAUUGAAUAUAAUGGUUUUAUGACUUAAUUGUUCAUAUCAUGAACCUUAAAAUAACAGCAUGAAAUUUGAGGUGCCAGGAAUACUUCUCAUGUUCUAUGUUGAGUUAUUCUAGUUUUCUUAACCCAACAUUCCCUGGUGAGGCCAUUAAAUUCAGUCACCUGAUCUUUCUCAGUCACUCUGGUUCAUCCACAUGUCCUUGUCAUAGUUGCAGUCCUCCUUCACCCCCAAGUCCUUCCUCCUUAGAAAACUGCUCUUCCACUGCUUCCUGCUUUGUAUUGCCAGACUUAGACUAUCUUGGCCCAUCUUAAGAUUUCUUCCCAGUAUCAGCCCACGGUUUCAGCAUCAAAACUGUCCUAUAAAAGUCUAAUUAUCCUAAUUUGCCUUCAUCCUUUACCUCCAGUUGGCACGGGCAGUUCCUGCUACAACUUUAGAACAUCACAAGUCCUAGAGAAUGUUCCAUUUGGAACCCAGUCCCUCUCCUUGAGGUCUUUUCUAGCACUAACAACCCAGCCCUCCUGAUCUUACCUGCAUAUUCUAGAGAAAUACCUGUUCUUGUAGACAUUUUAUGGUCUGCCACUUUUUGUGCCCACCUCGGACUCCCCCUCUCCCCCUUUUAGUAUGUUGGCAUGGAACUUGGGUCAUAUUUGACAUUUCAGAAUAAAGAAAUGUGGGCAGUCCUACUUAGGCUUUACUCUUGAGCGUCUCUUUUUAGUAUGGAUUGUUUCUGGACCAGCUUGUCUAAGUCCUGCCUCUUAUUGGUUCAAAUGAAAUGUUAUCUUCACUUCUUUGUAUAUUAUGUAUAAAUUAGAAAAUGAAAAAUGUGUGAAUAACAUUGUAUGAAAUAAACCUGGUCUUGUGUUUUUCUCUAGAUAAAGUAUCCCUCUACACCUGAAUUAUUAAGAUUCCCAUUCAAGUUUAUCACAUACCUUUUCAUACAGACAAGGACCUCCUUUUCAUGUGAACUUGAGGCAAUAUUGUUUAAAGGCAAAUAAAAGUGUAUCUGGGCACUGCUAGUUUA